AUGGCCACCUUCACCCUCUUUGGGGUAACCCCAGCUGACACCAGCAUCUAUUGGUGCUUCUACCACAUUGCAGACACCUAUCUUCUGCCCUCAGCCCUUGGGGGCCGUGUGAUGCUGAAGGUGACAUGGGGACCUGCACCUCCAGUUGCUGAGGAGUCCCAUGGGAAUCUGGUGGUGGUGAUGAUAGCGUCAGAUGUGGAAGCUUGCAUGGAGAUCACCAUCGUCGUACGGCAACUCACGAAAGAAAUGAAGUGGAAAUUUGGAGAGGAACAAGCAAUAACUGUUGCUGACCUGGAGGAGGAGGAUGUGGUGUCUGAGCGUGGCAGACCUGCGAAGCAACAGCAGAGGUUAUGGCGGACGAUGGCUGCCAGCGCUGUCCUUUCAGUGAUGGCAUUGUCCCAUUGUUCCAUCGUUUUUGUGGCAGAAUAUCACAGAGUGUUUGGUGACAAUGGGUCUGAGGCUGAUGGGGAAGGUGGUUAUGGGGUGAAUUUGACCAAGACCAGGGAAUCCGGGAUCCGCCGGAUCUCCAGCCCCAACACCAACUGCAACAUCUCCAGCCUCAAAUUCUCUGCCUGCACAACCCCAAACACACCGCACAUCCCCACCACCACCCUGUGGACUUCCCAGAAUGCCCCUGAGACCCAACCAAGCCUGGGCUACCACUGCUACGAUGACUUCUCUCAAGCCCAGCUGCACUUUGUCCUCCCACUGCGCCUUUCUCUCUUCCUCAUCCUCUUCCUCAUCCCCUUUGCCAUCACCAUGUUCUGCUACAUCGGCCUCAUCCGUGCCCUCCUCACUCGACCCCACAUCCCGCUGCAGAAGAAGUACCGCACUGUGGGGCUGGCUCUGGUCACCAUGGUCAACUUUGGGGUCUGCUUUGGACCCUACAACCUCUCGCAUGUGGUGGGCUUUGUGCAGCAGCGCAGCCCUGAGUGGAGGCCCUACGCUCUGCUCCUCACCACCCUCAGUGCUGCGCUCGACCCCUUCAUCUUCUAUUUCUCCUCCAGUGCAGUGCGGAGGGCGGUCAGUGGGAUGGUGGGAGCAAUUCGGGGCACAAUCUGUGGGUUUUGGGGUUGGUGUUGGCAGAGACAAUGAGCCCCAACCUGGAGGAGGUUAUGGGGUAAAUGAGGUUCUUGUGAUUGGAGUGGGUUUAAUGGGGUAGGAGGUCAGAAAUGGGGAUGCUCCCAGAUUCCUUGUGGUCAGCGUUGUCCCGCAGACGUGUCCAAUGUUUGUGGGUCAACCAAUUUUUGGUCAGUGUAUCAUUGUCCCAUGGGGUUGGGGUCGACAUGGAAACAUGGUAGAGAUCAGUGGUGUCAAUGAGAUCCCAUCAAUGUGACCAAUGUGGUCAAUGCAGAAUCGUGAGUGUGACUUAAUGUUGUCCCCGAUGUCCAAUGGGGUUGGGAUCAAUGUGGACCAAAGGAUGAAUGUGGACCCAGCGUUGCUUCACCCCCACUGUCCCCAAUUCCUUCCAUGUCCCCCAUGUCUGCACUGCCCACAAUAUCCAGGAAUGUCCCCAGUUCCUCCAAUGUCCCCACUGUCCCCAGUGCCCUCAGUGCCCUCAGUGCCCCCAGUAAUCCCAGUGUCCUGACAGCUGGCAAUAACUUCAGGGCCAUCAGCACUUCAUGGAGAUCCCUCAGCACACAGCCCCUCUUUCCAUGGAAAGCGGCUGUUCCCAGAUCAGAGGACAUCUGCGGCCUCAAAGCACAGUCCCAGCAGCCCACCGCCAUCAGGAUGUGCCCUGUACCCUGUAGGGCUGAUCAUAGGUGCAAUAACAAGGCAAAAGUACUAAUUAAAACCUAUUCAGCA